GUCCUCUCGAUUCUCAAUCUUCACAAAUGGGUCUCCUCGACAUCGUCCCCGCUGGCGUCUUGACUGGCGACAAUGUUCGCAAGGUCUUCGAGUAUGCUAGGGAGAACCAGUUUGCUAUUCCUGCCAUCAACGUAACUUCGACUUCAACUGCCAACGCGGUUCUCGAAGCUGCUCGUGACAUCAAGUCCCCUAUCAUCCUCCAAGUGUCGCAGGGAGGCUCCGCGUUCUUCGCCGGAAAGGGUCUCGCCAACGACAAGCAGCAAGCUUCCAUCGCUGGUGCCGUCAGCGCCGCUCUCCACAUCCGAAAUGUUGCCAAGCUCUACGGCGUUCCUGUUAUUUUGCACAGUGACCACUGCGCCAAGAAGCUCCUCCCCUGGUUCGAUGGCAUGCUCGAGGCCAACGAGGCCUACUACAAGGAGCAUGGCGAGCCCCUCUUCUCCUCUCACAUGUUGGACCUUUCCGAGGAAUCCAAGGACGAGAACAUCGAGAUUUGCGUCAAGUACUUCAAGCGCAUGGCGCCCCUCGGUAUCUGGUUGGAGAUGGAGAUCGGUAUCACUGGUGGUGAGGAGGAUGGCGUCGACAACACUGGCGUCGACAAUGCCGCCCUUUACACCCAGCCCGAGGAAGUCUAUGACGUCCACAAGGCCUUGAGCGCCAUCAGCCCCAACUUCAGCAUUGCUGCUGCCUUCGGUAACGUUCACGGUGUCUACAAGCCCGGAAACGUCAAGCUCCACCCUGAGCUUUUGGCUAAGCACCAAGAGUACGCCUUCAAGCAGAUCGGUGGAAACAACCCCAAGCCAUUGUACCUGGUCUUCCACGGUGGAUCUGGCUCGUCUCUCGAGGAGAUCUCUACUGCUGUCAAGAACGGCGUCGUCAAGAUGAACGUCGACACUGAUACCCAAUUCGCAUACCUCACUGGUGUCCGCGACUUCAUUGAGAAGAAGUCUGGCUACCUCCAAACUCAAGUUGGCAACCCCGAAGGUGCCGACAAGCCCAACAAGAAGUACUACGAUCCCCGUGUCUGGAUACGCGAGGGUGAGAAGGUUUUGGCCGAGCGUGUUAAGCAGUCCUGCAGGGACCUCGGCAACGUCGACCGCCUCUGAUCUGUUUUUUCAAUGGACUUUGGGUAGUGAAAUACUAAAAGAUGUAGAAUGUACGAAUAUAAACGGUAUCUUUAUUGCUC